AUGGUGGCCGUAGACAUACCAGAUAUCACCUCAAGAGAACCCUCCCUCCCACCUUUUUAUUACGUGACUGAUGGCAACGAUAAUAGAAUAGUCGGCGGAUACAAUACAACUAUACAGGAGCAUCCUUACCAAGCGUUUCUGUUAAUUGUCCAAGGUAACGCUUUGUUUCAAUGUGCGGGAUCUAUUUUAAACCAUCGUUACAUAUUGACAGCGGCCCAUUGUAUACAAGGAGCUUCAAAAAUAACGGCCAGAAUUGGCAGCACAUUCGCCAACAGUGGCGGUAUGCAAUAUACAUCGCGCUAUUUCCGAGCUCAUCCCUUCUACAACCCUAUGAUUAUCGAUUACGAUGUGGCGUAUUUACGUACAAUGCUACGAAUGGAACUCGAUGGAGUCAAUACCAAAGCUAUCGCGUUGCCGCCAAGUGGGACUCCUGUGGCGCCUGGAACAAUUCUUACAGUAUCUGGAUGGGGAGCGACGUCGGAAAACGGCAAUGUGGCAAAUAAUUUAAUGGAAGUUCGUGUGCCAGUUGUAUCUACAGAACAGUGCAGGAAAUCCUACAGGACAAUAACAGAGAGAAUGGUUUGUGCUGGCGUACCAGAAGGUGGCGAAGACUCGUGUGGGGGUGAUUCAGGAGGUCCAGCCGUAUCAAAUGAUGUUCUUACAGGCAUCGUUUCUUUCGGCAUCGGCUGCGCACGACCUGGUGUCCCUGGAGUUUAUACAAAUGUGUCAAGCGUGAGAAAUUGGAUAAAGCGUAAUACUGGCAUAUGA